AUGAAAGGCUUCACUGCUGCCGUUGUGGCCGUCUUCGGCGCUGUCGUUACCGCCCAAGACUUGGGAACUCUUCUCUCCUCCUGCGCCUCCGAUCAGUUCCAAGAACUUGGGUUGACCGGCGUCGACGGUGACCCGUGCAAGGGCGACGCGGGCAAGUCUUCGUACUACAAGUGCUCCUGCACCACCGGCCAGGACUUCGUCAUCGACUACCUCUGCAAAAACCCCGGAUCGUGCUCUCCCGAGGACAUUCCUGGUUUGUCCGACACGCUCGUCAGCUUCUGUAAAUCGAUUGGUGUUACCGUCACGCCACCCUCGAACCCAUGCGGCGUCGCCGGCGGCAGUAGCUCUUCUUCCGGUGCUCCGGCCUCUUCUGCUCCAGCCUCUUCUGCUCCAGCCUCUUCUGCCCCGACCUCUUCCGCUCCGGCCUCGUCCGCUGCCGCUUCCUCUGCCGUGCAGAGCUCUGUUGCAAGCUCUGUCGGAGUCUCUGCCGCAUCAUCCCCUUCCGCCACAACCCCGGCCGGGACGCCCACAACCCCCGCCGGUACCCCUGCCGGCACCCCGAUCGGCACACCGGCUGUCUACACCGGUGCUGCCGCCGCUAUCAAGAACGCUGCUGGUGGCGUUGCCGGUGUGGCUGGUCUUGCCGGCCUCCUUGUUCUUUGA